CUUUUGAGGACACACUGUGAAUAGAGAGAGAGAGGGAGAGCAGGCAAAAGCGCAACGGGGAGGAAAAAGCGACCUUUAUAGCGAGAGGAUUCGGAAACCGAGUCCUGAAUUUGUUUUGUUCUCUUCUGGUCGCCUCAUUCGGCGUUGCGUCACGAGAUCGACUUUUGAUCCUGCUUUUGCUGACUCUUUUUCGGCCAAGAACGGUGGGGAUUUAGGCAAUUGAGGGCUAGGGUUUUGUAAUGCCGUUUCUGUGCUUUACAGAGUCUGGAUCUGGCGAAGGUUCCUGGCUAGAUGUGACCGCCAGUGAAGCGGAUGAAUGUUGAUAUGUGGCUGCUUGUGUUCUCUGUGAACAAGAUGGCAAUGGCGAGAAAGGUGGUGGGGAGAUUGUGCUUGUGGUGGUUGGUAACGGUUGUUUGUCCACUGAGCUUCGUCUGUGCCAAUAUGGAAGGUGAUGCCUUGCACAGCUUAAGAGCUAACUUGGAUGAUCCUAACAAUGUGCUGCAGAGUUGGGAUCCAACCCUUGUUAACCCCUGCACCUGGUUUCAUGUAACAUGCAACAAUGAAAAUAGUGUAAUUAGAGUCGAUCUUGGCAAUGCAGCUUUAUCUGGUGAAUUGGUCCCUCAGCUCGGCCUGCUGAAGAAUUUACAGUACUUGGAACUGUACAGUAACAACCUUACUGGACCAAUUCCUAGUGAUCUCGGAAAUCUGACUAACUUGGUGAGCUUGGAUCUCUACUUGAACAGUUUUACUGGUCCUAUUCCAGACGCUUUGGGCAAGCUUUCAAAACUGCGCUUCCUACGGCUCAACAACAACAGCUUGACAGGUCCCAUUCCUAUGUCCUUGACUAAUAUCUCAGCACUGCAAGUGUUGGAUCUAUCUAACAACCAUCUUUCAGGAGGAGUUCCAGAUAAUGGUUCAUUUUCACUAUUUACACCUAUCAGUUUUGCUAAUAACCUGGGUCUAUGUGGCCCGGUUACUGGACACCCCUGCCCAGGAUCUCCUCCAUUUUCACCACCACCUCCAUUUGUACCACCGACACCAAUUUCAUCUCCAGGUCGGACUAGUGCCACUGGAGCAAUUGCUGGAGGUGUUGCUGCUGGUGCUGCUCUGUUGUUUGCAAUUCCUGCCAUUGCAUUUGCAUGGUGGCGUCGCAGGAAACCACAAGAAUUUUUCUUUGACGUGCCUGCCGAAGAGGAUCCAGAAGUCCACCUGGGGCAGCUUAAGAGGUUUUCCCUUCGAGAAUUACAAGUUGCAACAGAUGGGUUUAGCAAUAAAAAUAUAUUGGGAAGAGGGGGAUUUGGUAAAGUAUACAAGGGACGGCUGGCAGAUGGUUCCCUGGUGGCUGUAAAACGACUAAAGGAGGAGCGUACACCUGGUGGGGAGUUGCAGUUUCAAACAGAAGUUGAGAUGAUCAGCAUGGCUGUGCAUAGGAAUCUCCUUAGAUUGCGUGGUUUUUGUAUGACACCAACUGAACGACUUCUAGUUUAUCCCUAUAUGGCAAAUGGAAGUGUUGCAUCAUGUUUGAGAGAACGCCCCCCAUCAGAACCUCCUCUUGAUUGGCCAACAAGGAAACGAAUUGCAUUGGGAUCUGCAAGAGGAUUAUCUUAUUUGCAUGAUCACUGUGACCCAAAGAUUAUUCACCGUGAUGUAAAAGCUGCAAAUAUUUUAUUGGAUGAGGAGUUUGAGGCUGUUGUUGGGGACUUUGGCUUGGCUAAACUUAUGGAUUAUAAGGAUACCCAUGUUACUACUGCUGUGCGGGGGACAAUUGGGCAUAUAGCUCCUGAGUACCUUUCCACUGGAAAAUCAUCUGAGAAGACUGAUGUAUUUGGGUAUGGAAUAAUGCUUCUGGAGCUAAUAACAGGACAGAGGGCUUUUGAUCUGGCUCGUCUUGCAAAUGAUGACGAUGUCAUGUUACUCGACUGGCUGGGAAAAAGCACCUAGUCAGGGCCGGUUUAAGAAUAUUUAUGGCUCCAGGUAAGAGUUACUUUGGUGGCCUUUUAAUAAUAUAAAUAAAUAUUAAAAAUUAUAAAAAUUUACUUUACUUGCUUUUUGAGAUGCAAAAUCACUAAUUAAAUUUUUGUAUUCAAGUUUAGGAAGCAAAUCUUUUUCAAUUGACAAUAUAGCCAAAUUACUUUAUUCCCAGAUUAGUGCAGAUUCCUCAAACAAAAUUUUUGUCAUCCAAAAGAUCGUUUUAUCAAAUUAUUCUCCUAAAAUAAUGCCACUUCUUGCUCUUUUUUUUUUCUUUUUCGGUUGUGUUAAUGGUUUACACUUUAUUAUUCAUUGCUUAAUAUUGGAAAAUAAUGUGGACUUAGAGAGUUAGGGGGCCUCCUCGUCUAAAUGACACCUCAGUAUUUAUUGUCUAACAUUAGAAAAUGAUCCAUAGACUUGAUGAGUUGGCUCGUCUAAAUGGAACAACAAAAUAAAUAGAGCAUGAACUCAAACAAAAAUUAUCAUGGAAUAGAAUUUCAAAGGAUAGGAGGCUGCAUUUUUUUGGGCCCCUCUUUUUUUAGGGCCCCAGGCAUAGGCUUUAGUGGCCUAUGCCUUGAGCCGGCCCUGCUAGUAGUUCCAAGAACGGAGGUGUUCAGUUCCUCUAUUCUUUGCCUUAGGAUUGUUCACUUACUGCAGAAAUUGAAUGAACAAUCAAAUGGGAUCUCUUAGUUUCCGAGCAUUUACAGUUUUGCUUGUUGCAUCCGUUAGAAUUUGGAUCCUUGGUUUGGUUGCCCUCCAUCCUAAGUAUAGCUAUAGCUCUUGGCUCUUCUUGUCAUAUUUAAUUGAUCAAAUGAUCAGAUGCACGGCCCCAUUGUGCUAUUAUGUU